GUCGAUCGCUAUAAAAGUAUUAUUAUUACUAUUAUUUUUAUGUCCAAUCAAAUACAUCACUGAACUUACCCAAUAACCAACUCGUUAUCAUAGCUAUAUCACUUAAGUAACGAGUCAUGACUGUUCACUUAUUUUGGGGCUCUUAUGUCAUGUCCUAGUGUUGGCCGUUUGGACACUUUUGUUGUUGCCGUCGACGAAGUUAUGUCAAGUGUCAAUAGAAUUCUGAUAUAAUAUUUAUAACAACGGAGGACAUCUGAACGGUUAAACAACACUUCCUAUUGUUGUAAUAGUUUAAUAGGAGUUAUCGAUUAAUCCAUCAUUUAAGAUGGAAGACAAAAAAAAAAUUGCUCUUCUUAUUGUAAAUCAUUUGAAAACCCAACUAAGUAAUGAUAGCUUCAAUGAUGAAUCGUUGGAAAGUAUGGAAGUAGCAGUUCAGUGCAUUGAGUCAGCAUAUAGUUUAAAUCCAACUGAAUCUGAUAAUGUUGAGGUUAAAUUGGAAAGCAUUGUGAAAGAAUAUUAUCAAGUUAGAGAACAAAAGCCAAUCCAAAAGGCAGAAAUAAGUCAAGCACAUAAAGAAGAAGCUGAAAAUCAUAAGAAAUUUGGGAAUGAGUACAUGAAAAUGCAAAAUAAUGAUAAGGCUAUUGAAGCCUACACUAUAGCAAUUAAAUUAAAUCCAUUGAAUCCAAUUUAUUAUUGCAACAGAGCUGCUGCCUUUAAUGCUAUUGGCAAGUAUAUUAAUGCUAUUCAGGAUUGCCAGAAAGCGAUUGAACUUGACUCAACAUAUUGCAAGGCAUAUUGUCGUUUGGGAUUAGCUUUUUCUUACCUGAAAGAUUAUGAUAAAGCAGCGUCAUGUUACAAAAAAGCAUGUGAAUUAGAUCCCGAUAACCAGGGUUAUCAACGGAACUAUCAGCUUACAUUGAAUAACUUGCAAACAGUUUCUGGAACACCAUCACAAUCGCCAAAUGAUCCUAUCACAGCUACUCCAAAUUUAAUGGAAACUGCUGCACGUAUUAUGACUGAUAAUCCAGAUGUGUCAUCAGUGUUAAGCAAUAUUUUAGGAGAUGUAACUAGUACUGGCAGUGAUGGACUAGAUAGAUUAAUGCAAGUUGGACAAACUAUAGUUACUCGUCUGCAAACAGCCAAUCCCAAUCUGUUAGAUGGAUUACGGAUGCAAUUUCAGAAUGCUCAAAACGAAGGACAACCGCCACCACACAAUGGAUAUCAUGAUGAUGAACCUCAACCUUAGUUUAGCAAAAUAUAAGCUUUAAUUUCUUAAAUAUUUUUCUUAUUCAUAAACAUUGAUAUUAUAUUAAAAUAUAAUAAUUGAUAACCUUUUUUAAAUUAAAAUUAAUUUGAUCGGUUUGUUAAUCAUUAGUCAGAUAGAAGUUGCCAAAUGUGUGUGUGGUUGUUAAACCAAGUGGCAACAGUUGUUGUUGAGAUGUUUAAAAACAAAGUAACCUAUUCUCAUACUUCCUCUUUAUUUUUAAUCUCAAACCUUUAAAUCAAUCAAAUAUUUACCAGUCUACUUUGUUUACUAUAAGGUCAUACUAUAUUAUAUUUAAUAUAUUCAUACUCUUUUGGAUUGUGAACCUUUCCUAAAAAUACCAGGAGGUAGAGUCACCAACCAAACAUUUAUUUGGCAACGACAAUAGUUCUUGAAGUACAGUAUAAACUAUAGAUUCUAAAAUAUUGGCCAUGGUUCUCUUAGUUAAUGAAUUCUUAAUAUUUUUAAAAAUUAUGUUUGCAUUUUCUUUUUGUUGUAUACACAUUACACAAUAUAACCGUUUUUUAUUAAUUUUUUUUUAAUAUUGCCCAUUUCUUUUGAGUAUAAACUGUUUACAUUCCUUAUCGAAUGAUGUCAUCUCUCUCGCAACCCUUCCAUAAAUAUUUAAUUAUUGA